CAAGGAACAAAGAUCGCACUAGAAAUGGUGGCUCGUCACACUUGGCUGCUGCCGCCCGUUCUCGCUGUAUGCCUGGCGGUGGCAUUGCUCGCGGCGGACGCGUCGGCACCCUUGCACCUCGAGGCGCUGCUGGCGUUCAAGAAGGCCGUCACCGCCGACCCGCUGGGCGCGCUGUCCGGCUGGACGGUGGGGGCUGGCGACGCCGUCCGCGGCGGGGUGCCGCGGCACUGCAACUGGACCGGCGUCGCCUGCGACGGCGCGGGCCGCGUCACGUCCAUCCAGCUGCUCCAGACCCAGCUCCAGGGCGCGCUCACGCCGUUCCUCGGCAACAUCUCCACGCUCCAGCUCCUCGACCUCACCGAGAACGCCUUCACCGGCGGCAUCCCGCCGCAACUCGGCCGCCUCGGCGAGCUCCAGCAGCUCAUCCUCGCCGAGAACGGCUUCGCCGGAGGCAUUCCCCAGGAGCUCGGCGACCUGGGGAGCCUGCAGCUCCUGGACCUCGGCAACAAUUCCCUCAGCGGCGGCAUCCCGAGCAGCCUCUGCAACUGCUCGGCGAUGUGGGCGCUCGGCCUGGACACCAACAACCUCACCGGCCAAAUCCCGUCUUGCAUCGGCGAUCUCGACAAGCUCCAGAUAUUCGAGGCCUUUAUGACCAAUCUCGACGGCGAGCUUCCGCCGUCAUUCGCCAAGCUCACGCAGAUGAAGUCGCUGGACCUCAGCGCCAACAAGCUGUCCGGCUCGAUCCCGCCGGAGAUCGGGAACUUCUCGCACCUCUGGAUUCUUCAGCUGGUGGAAAACCGCUUCUCCGGACCAAUCCCGUCGGAGCUCGGCCGCUGCAAGAACCUCACCAGGCUCAACAUAUACAGCAACCGAUUCACCGGCGCCAUCCCUCGCGAGCUUGGGGAGCUCGUGAACCUGGAGGAGUUGCGCCUGUACGACAACGCGCUGUCGUCCGAGAUCCCGAGCUCGCUGGGGCGGUGCACGAAGCUAGUAUCGCUUGGGCUGUCCAAGAACCGGCUGACCGGCUCGAUCCCGCCGGAGCUUGGCGAGCUCCGGUCGCUCCAGACGCUGACGCUCCAUGAUAACCGGCUCACCGGCACGGUUCCGACAUCUCUGACGAAUCUUGUCAACCUGACAUACCUGUCGCUCAGCAACAACUCCCUGUCUGGCCGGCUGCCGGAGAACAUCGGGGCGCUCCGGAAUCUCCGGAAGCUCAUCAUCCACAGCAACUCGCUGUCCGGCCCAAUUCCGGUGAGCAUAGCCAACUGCACGUUGCUGUCCAACGCGAGCAUGUCAUCAAACGAGUUGACAGGGCACCUGCCUGCUGGGCUUGGCCAGCUACAGGGCCUCGUGUUCUUUUCAGUGGGCAACAACUCGCUGAACGGAAGUAUACCGAAGGACCUGCUCCACUGCGUCAACCUCCGCACUCUGGUCCUAGCAAGCAACAACUUCACCGGUGGGCUGUGGUAGAAGUACAUAUUUUAUGUUUUACUAGGUGAGUGCCCGUGCGUUGCAACGGGAAAAACCUCAUGUAUGCAUGGAUGACAUAUUGAGGUGAUACUAUCAAGAAUCAACUCAACCAAAACUGCAUCCAAAUAGUUCUGCUUUUGUUACAGGAUCAUACAAUCCGAAUGCAUGUAUUUGUUUAAAUAAAGAUAUGUAGAUGGUAUAUAGUUUAGUCUUACAAUCAAAAGACAUUGAACUACCCAGAAAUAUUCCUUCAUAUAUACUUUCUAACAGUCAAAAAACUAAUGCUUUCAAAAAACCCUACAUGUUUGAGUCAAAAAAAGAAACCAGUAUAAUUAUCGAAUUCAAUGGCCAUGGAAUAUAAUUUAUUUCACCGCGUAUCUGCAUGAGAAGAAUAGUAGUGGUUACUGGUUAAAGCAUGAAUUUGUACAAAAUAGCUUAGCAAGAGAAAAACAACGAUCAUAUAUUUAUGCAAGAUAAUAAUGGAUGAGAACACAAAAGGGAAAAGGCUCAAGCUUCUAUGUACCAAAUGAGACAGAAAAUCGUAUUCUUAUCCCAAAGUUAAAUUAAUAACCGCGACAUUUAUUAAGAUAUAAAGAAAAAGUUAAAAGAGAAAAAAACAUCAUUACAUAAUACUUUGAAAUGAGAUGUUCAGCAUUACAUUUGCAGCUUCCAGAUUUUGCAGCAUCAAAUAUACUGGACAAUCAAAUCAUGUUGGUGUCUGGUAUCUAGUUUCCGGAGUGCUCUGUACCAUCAUAAUCUUCUUUAACAGCAGGGUCUUCUCCAAAGUGUAUCGAAAAGCCACCCCCUUGUUUGUACAAGAACAAUUUAUCCCGCAGCUAUUUAUAGUUUUGGCUAAGUAUUACGAGAAGUGUGUGCAGUAUAACAAUGAGGUACUUAACAAGUUUGUUUCGCGUGGCUGAAUGAUGUGUUGUUACCUAUAGGGCCUCAGUCCUUUUCUCCCCGAAACAGGGUUGUGCCGCCACGGCGUACAUGUCAUUCACUCGCUUGAACACCUCUUGUGCCAUCCACCAGCAGAUGGCGCAGACACCAA